AUGAAGAAUUUUAUUCUACUUUUACUAUUACCAUUUGUAAUAAUCGCAGUUUGUCAGCCAGUAAAGAAACUAGUUAUAAAUGCUUGUGAAAGUGUUAUUUGUCUCCAGGACACAGGUGGUAUAAAUACAAACAUUACUAGUAUUGGAGAACACAGGCACCGCAGGACUUUGAAACCUAUACCUCCAACUUGCAGCAUUAACCAAUAUUUCGACGAAGAUGAAGGCCGAUGUUUAGGUGUAGUAGGUGGUGGCAAAGUGCUUUACAUAAACAAUAAAAUUUCUUGCGGUACGAACACGUUAAAGCCUCACUGUACCAAUCCAAGAUACUACUACAUCUGCAAGAAGAACAAGACCAUUUUGGUGCAAUGUACCCACGGCAAACACUUCGAAAAUCGUCUAAAAAAAUGCGUCCACGUUCCAGACGACAUUUACGUAUCCGUUACCGUUGAUCCAAAAAUGGAAACCGUCAGUUUUUUCCAACUACCUGAUUGCAACAAACCGGGCUCGUUUCCAGUUCCAGGUGACUGUGCACAAUUCUACACCUGUGAAACGAACGGCCAUCGAAUGCACCAGAAUUUCUUCCGUUGUCCGAAAAAUAUGGCUUAUGACAUAGAUACGGAAAUGUGCACACCUUCGAAUAAUUGCGAAGGUUCGGAAGACUUACCAUCCAUGUGCGCAUGGAGCACUAGCAAAGAAAAACUUACGCUAGAGGAGGCGGAAAAAUGGUUAAAUAUUUGGCCCUUGAACGACACUAGACUUAUCAAUUCUGAUGUGAAGAUUUCGAAAAACUUUACGUUGAAUGAAAAUGGCAGUGUAACAAUCUGCGAAACGAUAUUUGCAAUUGAAGAAAAAAACGCCACGACUACCAAUAUUUACGAGACUUCUGCAACAACACAGAGUACUAACGAUGUUGUAACGACGGUUGUUUCUUAUAUGAAACCGCCAACAUCCGCAUUUGUAGAAGUUAGUGAUCAUUCUGAUGUAGCAACAUCGACAAAACGUGACAAGGAAACGUCACGUUCCUCGAAUACCGAUGACUCUGCCUCAACUAAGGCGUACUCAGCAAGGACAGACGAGCCUACGGUCAUGAAAGACAUAAAAUUGCCUUCAGAAGUAGGAGACGAUGAAUUAUCAUUAGAAACUACCACUUUCGGAGAACCUGUUUUAAAGGAGAAAAUGACUGAACUACCAACUGUAGAAAUGAGUACAAAUGAAAUAUCGACUGAUAAGUCAAUUAAAGUUGGAGAUGACGCAAUUUUAGCUAAUCAAUCAAUACCAAGUACCACAGAAAAAGAAAUAGAAGCAAUUACUAAAGCAAACAUAAAUGAUACAUUGCCAGACAUUACUACUUUGGGAAAAUCUAUUCUGCAAGAGCAGUAUAGUACAACGGAAAAAGAUAUUGAAUCAUCUUCUUCUGAAAUUAGAAAUAUUCCUGAUGAUCCAACAAUUGUAGCUAAGGAAGGAAUGUCCAGUACCACAAAAAUGGAUGCACAAACUGCAGAAACAAGUACAGAUUGGCCAUUCUUAGAAACAACUACAUUAGGAGAACCUUCUUUGGAAGGACAGUACAGCACAUCUGGACCACAAAAAUCUCCUGAUCCAUCAUCUUUUAUUCUUGCUGAUCCAACAGUUUCUACUAAUCAAGAGAUACCUGACACCACAGAAAAGGAAAUAGAAGGAAUUACUAAAGCAAACAUAAAUGAUACAUUGCCAGAUAUUACUACUUUGGCAGAAUCUAUUCUGCAAGAGCAGUAUAGUACAACGGAAAAAGAUAUUGAAUCACCUUCUUCUGAAAUUAGAAACAUUCCUGAUGAUCCAACAAUUGUAGCUAAAGAAGGAAUGUCCAGUACCACAAAAAGGGAUACACAAACUACAGAAACAAGUACAGAUUGGCCCUUCUUAGAAACAACUACAUUAGGAGAACCUCUUUUGGAAGGACAGUACAGCACAUCUGGACCACAAAAAUCUCCUGAUCCAUCAUCUUUUAUUCUUGCUGAUCCAACAGUUUCUACUAAUCAAGAGAUACCUGACACCACAGAAAAGGAAAUAGAAGGAAUUACUAAAGCAAACAUAAAUGAUCCAUUGCCAGACAUUACUACUUUGGCAGAAUCUAUUCUGCAAGAGCAGUAUAGUACAACGGAAAAAGAUAUUGAAUCAUCUUCUUCUAAAAUUAGAAAUAUUCCUGAUGAUCCAACAAUUGUAGCUAAGGAAGGAAUGUCCAGUACCACAAAAAUGGAUGUACAAACUACAGAAACAAGUACAGAUUGGCCAUUCUUAGAAACAACUACAUUAGGAGAACCUCCUUUGGAAGGGCAGUACAGCACAUCUGCAGCACAAAAAUCUCCUGAUCCAUCAUCUUUCAUUCUAGCUGAUCCAACAGUUUCAACUAGUAAAGAGAUACCUGACACCACAGAAAAGGAAAUAGAAGGAAUUACUAAAGCAGACAUAAAUGAUCCAUUGCCAGACAUUACUACUUUAGCAGAAUCUAUUCUGCAAGAGCAGUAUAGUUCAACGGAAAAAGAUAUUGAAUCAUCUUCUUCUGAAAUUAGAAACAUUCAUGAUGAUCCAACAAUUUUUGCUAAUCAAUCAAUAUUUAGCAGCACAGACACCAAUGCACAAAAUACUACUACUGUGUCUACUGAAAGUGUCUCAAGUAGUACUGAUGCAGCACAUUAUGUUGAUAUAAUGAGUACAACUAGUUCACCAAAGAAUGUUCAUGAGUUUAAUUCAACUUCAGUUAACAUUGGACAAAUGGAGAAUCUUAUACCCAUGUUGAAUAAUGUGCCAUUAACAAAAGCAAUAUUUGUAGUAAAUGAUAUAUCUAGUUCAACAAUAAGUCCAAAUUUAAAAACCACUAACGAAACUGUUAUAGACAAUGCUGUGUCUACAUUAAAUGUUGUGUCAACAACAGAAUCAACGACCCAUUCAACAUUGAGCGAUAGUAAAACUAUUAAAUCAAUUUCAUCAGAAAGUGAACCAUUACCGAUAAUGAAACCAAUUACUAGUCCUGGAGAAUUGAUAGCUAAUUGUAAGACACUUUAUGCAGCUAAUAAUUCUCUAACAUCGAUACAAUCGGAUGCUAGAAGUACAGGAAAGUCAUCGAAUUCCACUGACAAUGAAACAUAUUCAAAAUCGUUUGAUAGGCAGCAUCAUUCUCAUGUUACAGAUAAGAACAAGACAAAAAAAGAUGUUGCAGGGAAAGGUACUGAGAUUGCGCCGGAAAUGAAAUACUCGGGAAGGACGAUAUCAAAACACAUUGUAUUACCUAUAGCGUCAGCAGUAUUAAAUAUCACUGAUAAGAUCGAGCGACGCUGGAGAUAUAGGAUAAGGAACUUGUUAUUGAAGCACACAAGUAAACAUCUGACACGCAUGUGA